UAGAGCGGAACUUCUCACCCGUAUCUUUCCAGUGACUGAUUCAAUUAUGCUGUUCCGUUAGAAUUCAUAAUUAUAAGGCUGUGCAACUGUACAAGAUUUGGAGGAUUUACUUGAAGCCUAAUUAAUAUAAAAAGUAGAAGUUAAACCAGUCAGGAAGACGAAUCAUUCAUGCAGCUAUCAAAGAGAACGACUACCAAACCAGAAUUCAACAGGUACCAUCCGUAGAAUCAAGAUGACUACAGAAUGUGGAGACCCACCGUCCAUCCUUGGUGCGACCGUGCAUGCCAUUAAUGUUACCGCUGUUGAAUAUAAGUGUGUCUGGGGAACCAAAAUCCAGGGUUACGAGGUGGUACUCUGUGAGUAUGGAAAAUGGAGUCAAGAUUUCCCAGCUUGUAUGAUUAACUGGCGGACUGAGGCAUUGUCUGGAGAAUCGAAUUAUACCAGUUCUUUUCACAGACCUGAAGUUCCUACCUGGCUUUUGACACUCUGGGGAAUAUUUGCUGCGACUGUUUUCUUAUCCUUCGCCUUAUGUUUCGUCUUACUCUGCGUACGACUUUGUUGGUGUUGCAGAGGAAAAGCCGUGGCGUUUGGGGGUACAUUUCGGUAUAACCAGACAUGGAUAUCAAGAAAUAUAUUUUAUUGCUGCAAGUGUGAAUACAAGCCGAUUCCAAGUAGAAAGAAAAUGAUGAAAAUGAUGUUAGAAGAAAGGAACAAGAAAGAAGAGGAUACGGUGUCUUUAACUAUCGAAGAAACAGAAUUUAAUAAGGAACAAAUAGAAAUAGAAAUAAUGCAAGAAAAUGAAAGAAAAGCGGCUGAAGCUAUUGUUAGACAAAAUGAAAUUUCUGCCCAAAAUGAAGAAGCUAUGAAUGAAAUGAACGAUUCGUCAAAUCCGGAAACGGCAGUUGAAGCGGAAGUUGAAACGGAAGUUGAGGCCUCCGGUGUAGAAUAAAAAGAGGGCAAUACUAUCGACACUUUUAACUGUGAGAAAAAAUCACUUGUUAAUAUAUGGCAAUAUCUUGAAUAUGCUUUCACGUCACAUGGAAUCACUGUUCUUCCUGUAGAGGAUGCAUCCUACAAUACCUGUGAAUAUCUGUACUCACUUAUUUUCAUUAUUAUACAUAUAGUCUAUCCUAUACUCCUAAAUACUUAACCGGAACUAUAUACACAAAAAUACACAUGCUCUGUUUUUUUCUCGUGCAUACCUUACAGGUACACCAGACACAAAAUACACAUACUCUGUCCUAUACUCGUCAAUACUUAACCGGUACAAUAAACACAAAAAUACACGUACUCUGUCAUAUACAUGUAGCUGUUUGCGUGUGUUAGCAUCUAAUCUAUCUAUAUAUUUGAAAACGGUUGGAAUUCGAUUCAAAUAAUAAGUUUACUUAUAUUGUUGUAAAGUUCCUUAUAAUGUGAGUUGGUAGAAUGAAUAUGUGCCUCAAAUUGUCGACAGAAAAAUAGUUUCAUGUAGGCAAGGGUUUGAGGGAAUCGUCCUAGUGACUACAUACAACUUGAUAUAUUAGUGACCGUGUAUCAUAAAUCAUGCUAUCUCCAGACAUGAUUAGUGAUCUUUUUAGUCCGAUAAUACAGACCACAAGCUCAGGUUUAUAUCUUUACUUAAUAAGACAACCUAUAUGGCUUUUGGAAUCAAUUUGUUUUGAAUCUGUAUGGUGUUUUUUGCUAUAGUGUAAUCAAUAUUGGAUAGUCCAUUCGCACGUGUCAACAGAUCUGAUAUAAAAUGAGCCGAUUUGUAGGCUUGAUAUAUCUAUAUGUAUGGUAAACUACAUAAAGGACAAGGCUGUGCGUGUGUCUUUUUAUCAGUUCUAGUAAUGUAACCUUUAUAAAUGGUAUGUGUUUAACUAAUUUUGCAAUAGAUAGCUUAUAAGUGUUACACCGUGUUGUAUCCUUGAGCAAUAUAAUUUACUCCGCUUGUUCCAGUCUACUCAGCUGUAAAUGAGUACGUGGUUGGGAAGUGUUAGAAUUGUAGAAUCGUGAUGGUAGCUGCGAGCGCCGAAAUGGCAGCACCGGCUGUAUGCUCCCUAGGGAGUUUAGAAAGAUAUUGGCUGGUUGCAAAGGCCCUAUAACCACGGAUACUAAUUUGUGAACCGCCUUGAGACGACCUGCGAAUUAUGUGUUGUGAUAAAGCGGUAUAUUAAACCUCGAAUAAUGAUAAUUAUUAUUAUUAAGUGAUUUUAUCCUAUCUUUAAUACACAGUUUAUAGUCCCUAACUUAUAUAUGAGGUUCUAUUUAUCAGUUACAGACUUUCGUUGAUGUGGAUAUUUGGUUACAUGAAUAUGGACCUGUGAAGGGUAUAUUUACCGAGACGAAUUGUCAUCAACUUUUGAGACGUAAUUUUUCUCGCACAAACCAAUGACGUAACAAUCAAUACCUGCUCACAAGAGAGGAUAACUCUGCAAUACGCAAAGACGGAAUCCUUUUUAAAUCAUAUACACUGUCCAGUACUCUUUAAUGCAUAAACCGUAAUGUCUUGCGUAUAUCCCGCAGACGAUACUUUUGUUACAUUGAAAAAUGCCCUCUGUGGGCUAUCCGAUACCCCUCUCUUGCACCAUACCAGGUAGUUAUAUAUAUAUAUUAUCUUAAAACUCUGCAGUGUAACAUUACCUAUGUCGAUCUAACGCCUAGUUUUUUUGCAGAGGACUAUCAGUAUUUGAGUACUAUACCGUCUACGUAGAGAACUGAAUUGAGUACUUGGAGUCGCCUUGACUGUUGACAUCAGCAUAAUGAAUGUUCUAAAAUUAAUCACUCCGAGUAAAUAUCAGAAACCACAGAUGAUAACGUUUGUAUAGUUUGUUUAUUUAUGCGCUUGUUGAUAUUCGAUGCAUUGUGUAUUAUGAUUUGAAUUAUACAUUAUUUUGGUUAUUGAGUCAUAUUGUUAAUUAUUAUAAUUUCGGUAAGUUCAUAAUAAAAGUGAUAUUCCAAAAUCACUUCUAUUUCGUUAUUUUUGACUACCUGUUUUUUUAAAUAUCAAGUUUUGAUCAAGUUCU